UUGGGCCACUCACGGUUUUAGACACAGCUUUCUUGGUCAAGUAUCCCACGACCUUCAAGAACUUUAUCUAAAUUGUUGGUGAGCGAUUACCUCUAGAAAGAAGUCCUGUAAGAGGAGUUCAUGCUGAGUAAAGAAACUGUGUUCAGCUCAAGGAAGUAACAACCGAGAUGACACCUUUGAUGUUUAAAGAUGCUUUCUGGGGGUCUGAUUUUACUUGCCACGCUGGUUAUGACACUCUGAUCCAAAGGUUACGAGAUGGACGGCAAAUGUGCAAAGAUGUGGAGGAGCUUUUAAAGAUGAGGGCUCUAGCAGAGGAGAAGUAUGGGAAGGAACUGGUGACUAUUGCCCGUAAAGCUGGAGGACACACAGAGAUCAGCACUUUGAGAGCAUCCUUUGAACUAUUAAAAACACAAAUCGAGAACAUCGGUAACUUUCACAUCCAGCUAUCUGAUAUAUUGAAAGAGGAGGUGAAAAAGAUUGAGACAUUCAGAGAACGGCAGAAAGAGCAGAGGAAGAAGUUUCAAAGCAUCAUGGAGAAGGUUCAGAAGAAAAAAGUGUCUUUGUACAAGAGGGCCGUGGAGUCUAAGAAAACCUACGAGCUGAGAUGCAAGGAGGCAGAUGAGGCAGAGCAGGGGGCUGAGAAGACAAAUGUCCAAACAUCCAAAAACUCAGAAAAGGUACGCACCAGAGCCAAGCAAUGCAGACAGGCAGCCAAUGAAGCAGAGAAGCUGUACUUUACCAACAUCGUUCAGCUAGAAAAUGUCCGCCAGGACUGGGAAGAAACACACAAAAGCACCUGUGAGGUGUUCCAGCAGCUGGAGGGAGAUCGCAUCAGCAUGCUGAGGUGUGCUCUCUGGGACCACUGCAAUCAUUUCUCCAUGCAGUGUGUCAAAGAUGAUGAGUCUAAUGAGGAGGUGAGGAAGCUACUGGAACAGUGUGACAUCAUCACAGACAACAACUUUUUCAUAGGGAUGAAAAGCACGGGAUCGAGACCUCCAGAACCCCUAGUGUUUGAGAGCUACUACCAGACGUCCGGAGACAGCAAUGGCCAAGCUCAUUUCGCAGGAGGAGGAGAUAUGAUGAUGAGGUGCUCUGACCCCCUUCUCGCCAGCUCUAUGAGCAUCAGUGUUGACAGUCUUCAAAUCUCACAACCAGCACUGACUCCUUCUGGCGAGUUUGAGAUUUCAGAUGGAGGAUACGCGCCUCUACCAGGCCUCCAGCGUGCAGCAUCAUCGGCUACUGUUGCAGCUGAGGAAGACAGCUACAUUGCACUUUAUGCAUACGCUGCACAGGAAGGUGAUGAAAUAUCUGUCAGCAGAGGGGACAUGGUCCGAGUGUUGGAGCAAGGAGUAGAUGGCUGGUGGAUAGUGGAGAGCAACGGGCUGACUGGACUGGUGCCAGGAAACUAUCUGGGCAAAAUCUGAACACACAUGCACAAACAAGAGAAUAUAGACCAUAUACACAGAUGAAUGAAAACGCAUUAGGGCUGCAGCUAUUAGUGAUAAUCUAUCAGGUAUUUUUUCGAUGAAUUGUUGUGUCAGAAAACUGUCAGAAAAUAAUGACAAAAACCCUGUGUAGUUUCCCAGAGCCCAGGGUGACGUCUUUAAUGGUAUGUUUUAUCUGACCAACGGUACAAAUAUCCAAAACUAUUUAUUUAUCAUCAUGUAUGACAAAGAUGUGCAUCAAAUUCUCACAUUUAAGAAGCAUGAAACCAGCAAACAUCUGGCUUUUUGCUUGAAAAAAAAUGACUAAGACAAUUAUUCUGUGAUAAUAUUUUGUCAAUUGACGAAUCGAUUAAUCAGCUAAUUGUUGCAGCUCUACAACACACACACUGUCACACACCAAAACUUGCAUGCUUAGACAUACAUGCAAGUAUGCAUCAUGUGUCUCAUGCCUAUACAGUUAUAUUAUCUCAUCCAGUUGUAGCUGUAUAGGCCAACAGGAAAGGUGUCCAAACUUGCAUUCUUCUAACUUGAUUUCUGAGCAUGGAUUGAAAAACUAGUAACUUUCAGUAGGUAGUAGGUUAUCUGAGCAAUUUACUGAAGUUAAAAAGUCAUCAGACAACCCUUGCUUAUUUACACAGUAGAGCUUUCUUGAAAGAUUUCUGAACUGAUCAUUAUUUAUGCAUGAUUAAUUAGUCAUAAAAAGAUAUUACACUGUAACCUUGAUACCUCAUGUGUUGUACAGCUGGGAUACUCCUUUAACUCUGUAAUACUGUAUAGUGCAGUCUCACUGGACCGAAGAAUGAUAAACCAUCUGGUGUUGAAACUUUGGACGAAUAUUUGGAACCUUUUGGAUGGUUUAAAAUGGCCUCCAAUGGCAUUGUUCUGUGAGUAUGUUAUAUUUCCAACGUGAGUCUGAUGCCAGCACAAACAAGUUUCAGUUGCUAAUAGUAAAACAAUUAGUAAUGCAUUAGUGCAGGCCAGGCCCUACUUUUUUAUACAGACAAUCUGAGCUGUUACCUGUUCUCCUCAGUUCCCCAUUUGCACUGUCCAUUUGAGCAUCUGUUUGCUCUGCCAAGUAAUCCAAAUUUUACAGCGCUGUCCUGCUUUCAUGUUUGGUAAUCCUCUAAAAAAGAUGCUUGAGAUCUUGAAAGCCUCUUACCACCCCCUCUGACCCUCCGAAUAACACACUUGGGAAGCAAAAAAGCAUCUCAUUUGACUGGCUAGCAGUUCUUUCUGGAGAACCAGUCCACCUUAAAUCUUAUAGUUUUACUAGAGGCCUGAUUUAUAACAAUAUCCUGCAGCUGGUGGGCACAGAGGUGUUUAAUGUCAAGUUUUACUUCUAAAAGCAGUCUUUCAAAUGUGUGCUGAGGAAGAUAGUGAUCAACACAGUUGCUAAGUUCAUGAGAAUAAAUACAAACUUCUUUAAACCACAACAUAGGUUUAUGAUAGGGCAAGAAGAAGUCAGUCCUAAGUGGCAAUGAAUCUGUGCCAUCCAUUCUCAUCAAAUUUUGGACAUGUGUAUUGCUGUUUUUCCCACACAAGGGACACCUGAGAUAGUACAUUUAAAACACCAUUUCAGUCGCUGGUUUUAAACCGUAUAACAAUUACAAAUAAAAACAUUUCAUGUGUUAUGUCAUGACUUUAUACAGACUACUAUUAAUUUCUAAAUUACCCAGUAUCUCUAAAAUCACACUUUUUUCUGUUGCCAGCAGGUGGGGCUUCAGGUCUGGUUUGGUUUUGUUUCUCAGGUUCUUUAUGUACCAUUUCUUUAAUGUUUUUUGGGUGUUUGUGAGCUGGAAAAGGUACAGCUGUGUAGUAGUGAUGUGACUCGCCGUGCCGUGGCUUCGAAGCGUGUGUCGAGUAAUCCAGGAACUGUUUCCGCGAUGCGCGUAUCGAGGCUUGUGUCGUUUCAGACGAGUGACGUCAUUGGCGACGUCCGAAGCCUCGCUGGCCGGCUGUACCACGUGACUGGUUCGGGAAGUGGUUCAGAUCUAUAUAUACAAACCACUAAGUGUAAUAGUUUUUUUUGUCCAGUAGAUGGCUUAGUAGAGCAAAUGAAGCAUCACUACUGUGUAGAGAUGAAAAAAUGUCUGCUGUCCACUAGGAACUUUCUGUGACCUCAGGGUUGACCAUCAGCUAUUCUGUACCAUAGUAGCAGUUUAUAUACCAGUAACUGAAAAAAAACAAACUAUUGUCACAUCUGUCAAACGAUACCGCAGUUAUAUUCAUAUUCUAUUCACAGUUAAAACAUACUCAGAUUUUUUACCGGACUGAACUAUGUAAUGAUUACCUCCUUAUAUGUUUUAACUGAUAACAUGUUCACUCUCAUGUAAAACAGUGCAAAUAAAAUGGCAAUCAAACAGG